CCAAUUACCAGGAACACCCUAAAACUCCAAUUUCACUCUAGUAAACCAAGACCCAUAAUUUCUGUCUUUCCAUCUUUUUCUCUCUAGAAAUGGGCGAAAAUAAGCGAAAACGAGGUCGAAAGCCCAAAACCCCAGCCGACGACAAUCCCACCACCGCCGCUGCCUCCGCCGCUAUGGACUUCCAGUACACCAAUCCGACAACCGCCGCCGCCGCCGCGGCGACUGACGUCGUGUCGGUCCCUUCCAGUGCCGCCUCCGAUCUCGGUGGCAAUCAACUCAGUCGCCGCGGCCGGGGCCGACCUAGAAAGAUCGAGGACCAAGCGGAGAUUGCGAUCUCCUCGCCGGAGCGCAGGAGCUCGCGACACUUGGACCAAAACGGUGAGGUUCCGCACUCGGUGGCCGGAGUCGUGUCGGAGCCGCCGCUGACGGUGCCGAGGUGGGAUAGCGUGGUUAGGGUUGUGCCGUCGAUGGACGCGGUGGUGAAGGUGUUCUGCGUCCACACGGAGCCGAAUUUCUCGCUGCCAUGGCAGAGGAAGAGACAGUACAGCUCGAGUAGCAGUGGAUUCAUCAUUGGAGGGAGGAGGGUUUUGACGAAUGCUCACUCGGUGGAGCAUCACACUCAGGUCAAGCUCAAGAAGCGUGGCUCUGAUACCAAGUACUUGGCCACUGUUCUCGCCAUUGGCACUGAAUGUGAUAUUGCAAUGCUGACUGUGAGCGAUGAUGAGUUCUGGGAGGGAGUUUCACCCGUGGAGUUUGGAGAUUUGCCUGCUCUUCAAGAUGCUGUGACUGUUGUGGGCUAUCCUAUUGGGGGUGAUACAAUCUCUGUGACAAGUGGUGUUGUGUCGCGUAUGGAGAUACUAUCUUACGUGCAUGGGUCCACUGAGCUUUUAGGGCUGCAGAUAGAUGCUGCAAUAAACUCUGGAAAUUCUGGUGGGCCUGCGUUCAAUGAUAAGGGAAAAUGUGUAGGUAUCGCAUUUCAAUCACUUAAACAUGAAGACGUGGAGAAUAUAGGCUAUGUCAUACCAACACCAGUUAUCAUGCAUUUCAUUAAGGAUUAUGAGAAGAAUGGGGCAUAUACAGGGUUUCCAAUUCUUGGAGUUGAGUGGCAGAAGAUGGAAAAUCCUGAUCUGCGCUCGUCAAUUGGAAUGUCACCUGAUCAGAAGGGUGUCCGUAUCAGAAGAAUUGAGCCCACGGCUCCAGAAUCAAAUGUUCUAAGGCCAUCUGACGUUAUCCUUAGUUUUGAUGGGAUUAAUAUUGCUAAUGACGGAACAGUUCCAUUCAGGCAUGGAGAGCGCAUAGGUUUCAGUUACCUGGUCUCUCAAAAGUACACGGGAGAUACUGCUCUGGUAAAAGUUCUUCGUAACUCAGAGAUACUCGAAUACAAUAUAAAGCUUUCAACUCACAAGCGACUCAUCCCUGCGCACAUCAAAGGCAGACCUCCUUCAUAUUACAUAAUUGCUGGAUUUGUUUUCAGUGCUGUAUCUGUUCCAUAUCUGCGUUCUGAGUAUGGGAAAGAAUAUGAAUUCGAUGCUCCAGUAAAGCUGUUGGACAAGCAUCUACAUGCAAUGGCACAGUCUGUUGAUGAACAAGCAGUUGUUGUUUCUCAGGUUCUUGUAGCUGACAUUAAUAUUGGAUACGAGGACAUUGUUAAUACACAGGUUCUUGCUUUCAAUGGAAAGCCGGUCCGAAAUCUCAAGACAUUGGCCAGCAUGGUGGAGAGCUGUAAUGACGAAUAUCUUAAGUUCAAUUUAGAAUACGAUCAGAUCGUUGUUCUGCAGACGAAGACCGCAAGGGAAGCAACUUUAGACAUUCUUGCAACGCAUUGCAUACCUUCUGCUAUGUCUGAUGAUCUCAAGACAUGAGAUAAGAUUGUACGAAAGAGUUUGGAAUUUACUUAAUCAGCCAUUCCCAUUUUGAUCUUUAACACUCGUCCCUCGUGUGAUCCGAGAAUUAUACUUUCCAAACUUCAUUCUCUCCAAAAGAACAGAGGCUGGAUUUUACAUUUGCCGUUUCUUGAUGGAAUCUGCCUGUAACGUGUUGAUGAAAGUUUAACCAAGGUGAUGGGGGUAUGCGUUGCCUUUUGUAACAAAUAUAGGUCAUCUUACCUGGGUUGAGAUGUUUCUUAUUUUGUGAUCUUAUUUAUAUUAUGAAGUAGAGAAAAGCAGGAGGGCUAGAGGUUGGUUUCAUAGAUUUGUACUUUAAAUCUUUGAUGAGUUCUAGUGUCCGGGUUGAAACAGAAUAAAUUUGAUGUAAUAUUAUUGCUGCGAGUUUAUUAGAGGAGGUAAAGGCGGGGGAUAAUAAGUAUUCUUAUUUUGUGCUCUUGUAUUUGUUUUCUAAAUUUUUGUAAUAAUGAACAAUUAUGACCUCGUUCACU